CCAGUGUGUCUCACUCGGCUCCGGGACGCCGGCGGUGACAGACGGUCGUGGGGGGUUUACUAUUGCCGGUCUUAACACCACAAAACCCCUCGAGUUUAUACCGAACUUGCAUCCAAACGGUGUAUGUAUGUAUAUGUGUGUGUGUGUGUAUCGUGAAUAGUGACGGAACAGGUACAAGCAGCCGCAAUUAGUGAAUUGGUAGAUGAUUCAGACCCCCAAGUGUUGUGGAAUAGUGACCAGUUAACAAUGACCUAACUUGGGAACGGUGGUCCUAGCCAGCAGUGGUGGUCCUAGCCAGCAGUGUGGUGGUCCUAGCCAGCAGUGUGGUGGUCCUAGCCAGGCCUGGGGGGGUGACUGGUUCACGCACUACUAACCAACUGGGUGGCCAUUGAUUUGCAGCCAAGUGGCGAGUAACUUGAAGCUGUAACUCGGGCAGUGUGAGUGAGGGCGUGCGUCCGUGCGUGCGUAGGUUGUGCGUGUUCCAGGGGUGGACCUUGAGGCAGUACCUUGAUUAUCCUGCUUCGCCACAUGCCCUCCCUACCCACGUACCCGCCCACAUACCCGCCCACCAGGACCAAAGUGUGGUGGUGGUGGAGCAGUCCACGGCUCUUCAACCUGAGCUGAGCCACGCCCGGGUAACGCUGCCUGCUGGCCUGUCUGCUGUGGCCUGUCUGCUGUGGCCUGCGUCCGGCACUCGACACCUUCACCACACCCGUCUAUCUGUCUGCACGCUGCUGCUGCUGGGGCCCCACCUCCGUCUACACACACACCACCUGUCCACUCCAUCAUCACUAUGUACAGCACUGCAGGGGUACAGCAUCUUGCUGUAAUCGUGGCGACUCUUGCUGUAUUGGUGUAGACAAGUGUUGGGACUGACUAACGGUGGCGUGAAGUACCUUCAGCUUUGUACUUUAAGUUAACCCGCCUUAUUGUGUGCCUCUUGUUUCAAAUUCGAGCUUUUAAAGUAGGUUUAAGCGCCUUAAACUUAUCUUAAAAAUUACCCCCCAUUUUGUGCACAAGAAAUUUCCUGGGUUAAGGUUCGCAAAUAUUAAGUAAGAUGCUGUCAGUCAACUUGAAUUAACUUGAGUGAUCAUCCUGUGAUAAAAAGCAGUCAGUGGCUGUCAUACGUCCGUCCGUCGGCCUUAAACGUCCUCCUCUCCGUCUCCUACCGUCACGCGACCUUCUAACCUGGACGUGCGGGCACUGUCGUGGCCACACGGAGACCGUCGAGCAACUAGUGAAGUGAUCGACCAGGAUUAACCUGGUUCCUUCAUGUAUGUGAUCCCUCUGGCGAGUGCGGGAGGCGGCACCUAACCCAAUAUUGAUCACGGGGCCGUGUCCCCGCGGUACCUAGUGGCCAGGGAGUGCACGUGGCGGGGGACCUGCAGGUGCCGGAGUACUCUAAGGUGUUGUGGUGACUGAGGGACGGGUGACACUGUCCAUUCUCCUGUGAUUGUUGGUGCUGCUGUGACGCCGGCGUCAUGACUGUCACCUACACCAGCCAGGUAGCCACCUGCAGUGGCUUCGGCUGCUUCUGGAAGCUUCUUUUCAGGUGGAAGGGCAGCAUCUACAAGUUGGUGUGGCCAGAACUGCUGGUGUACAGCAUCGCCUUCUACCUCUUCAGCUUCACAUACAGGUUCGCCCUCAGCGAGGACCAGAAGAGGUUAUUUGAGAAGGUGUCAGUGUUCUGCCAGUACUUCAGUGACUUAAUACCAUUGUCAUUCGUGCUUGGGUUUUACGUUUCCAUAGUAGUACAGCGGUGGUGGGAGCAGUACCUCUCCCUGCCAUGGCCAGACUCUCUGGCUCUCUUUGUUUCUACAUCUAUCCACGGCCAGGAUGAGCGAUCGCGUCUGAUGCGGAGAACUGUCAUGCGCUACGUCAAUCUUACUGAACUCAUCACGCUUAUCAUGAUCAGUCCCACUGUCAAGAAGCGGUUCCCUACCCUUGAUCACUUGGUUGAAGCAGGUUUUAUGACAUCAAAUGAAAAGAAAAUUUUUGAUGCCCUUGAUGAAAAAACUUCCCACCCAAAAUAUUGGAUGCCAUUAGUGUGGGCUGGCAGUAUUGUUACCAGAGCUAGGAAAGAGGGCAGAAUCAGGGAUGAUUUUGCUGUUAAGACAAUCAUAGAUGAGAUCAACAGAUUCCGAGGACUAUGUGGAGGACUUUUAAGUUAUGACUGGAUAAGCAUCCCAUUAGUUUACACACAGGUGGUGACAUUGGCUGUUUACUCCUUUUUUCUUGCCACCAUCAUGGGUCGUCAGUUUCUCGAUCCAAAACAAAAUAUCAACAAACAUCAUGUCGACUUCUAUGUGCCAAUCUUCACAUUUCUGCAGUUUUUCUUCUACAUGGGUUGGCUGAAGGUUGCUGAAUCUUUGGUUAAUCCCUUUGGAGAAGAUGAUGAUGAUUUUGAAGUCAAUUGGCUGGUGGACAGAAAUUUGCAGGUCUCGUACCUUAUUGUGGAUGAAAUGCACAGUGAACAUCCAGAACUUAUUCAGGACAUGUAUUGGGAUGAAGUAUUCCCUCAAGAACUUCCAUACACGAUCGCUUCGGAGGCAUUCAGACGGGAACCUCCACAAGGUUCAACUGCAAAUAUUGAAGUACCAGAUGCAGAACAAGAAUUCUUGCCUAUGUUGGAAGAGGAGGAGGAUGAGGGAAUAAAUGAAUCCAUGUCUGGUUAUCCGGGUGAUGUAGAAAAUGGUUCAAAAGCUAUUGAUAUAAUGAAGAAAAGUCCAAGGUCAUCUCAUUCUGGGAUAGCUUCGUCUCAGCCCAUGCCUCGGAAACCUUCUGUGUUGUCAAUGUUAUGGAACCGGAUGAAAUCUGACAGUCAUGACAAUGUCCGGCGUGCACACAUUAGACCAAACGCAAGUACCACAUCAUUUCGCCAUAGGCGGCAUCGUGGCUUGAUGAGAUCAGCAUCAAGAGUGUCAUCAACAUCCCAUGUAACUUCUCAGAGCCCAGAGAUGAUUGCAAGAAAUCAAACUCUGGCAGCACAGGAUAGUGCCAUUUUUCGCAUGUCAGAUCUAUCAAUUAACGCACCUGCCACGGAUGAAAUUUCCAGUCCGCGACCUAAAGGCAGACUUAAUUCCUACGAUGAUGAUGAGCCAAUACUUAUUAAAAUAAAACGCAGAGACCAAGAUGGGCACGUUAUUAUGUCACACUCUUCUGAUGACUUCGACAUGACACAAGAACCCACUCGAUCACAACUAUUUCAUAAACAAAAGAGACCAGGAUCAAGUAAGAUACCUAUUGAAAAAAAACCCACUAAUGAGACAAUAUCUCCAGUGGCUAAAAGCUCAACAAGUGGAGAUAACAGGAGUAUGGGUAGCAAUGCAUCAAUCCGCACGUCAAUAUUCCAGGGAGAUGCUGAUGACACAGUGAUUAGUGAAGAGGAGGAGGAAGAGAAAGAAGAGACAGAAUUGAUGCAGCAUAAGAAAAGGGGAGGCCUGAGCACCAUGAACCUCAAAGGAUUAUCCAAGAUCCUCAGUCCAACAAGGUCAUUCCAUGGGGAACCCAGUGCAUCAUCCUCCCCCAUUAAACCCAGCAGCAGUGAAGCCUUAGCCACGGGAACGUCUCACCCGGAGCACCUUUCACGUGUAGAUUAUGAGCAACAAAGUAGCACCAGGUCACAAAAACAGGACGGAGCUAGUGCUAGUGAACCAGUGUCCCCAAGUCCCAAGUCUCCGGUAACCCAUUGGAGAAAUGCUCAGAGUCUUGCCACUCUGAAUGCUUCAAACAAAGCUACAAGCUCUCAGUCUGUGACUUCUCCACCUGCCGAGACAGAUAAUUCUACAUUUUAUAAGCCAUUCAGUGGAGAUCUGAACAUAUUUGUCGAAGAAGCAAGUCCAGAAAGUGGCAGUCCAGAAAAAGUAUUUAGUACACUGCAAACUGAACAAGCAUCUGGAGAUGCUGAUAUUUCAGAACAAUCAGUAGCUAAGGAUGCACUAGAAACAAUAAUUGAAGGCCCAUUAGAAACUAUAUCGGAAGAUAAAUUUGAGGAUGAGGCAUCGAGUAGAAAGAGGCUCAUUUCAGAAAGUGAAUUAGAAGCAAUACCAGAAGCAGAAGACAGUUAUAGUAUUCUUGAAAGUAAGAAAUUGUUGGACGAUUGACUAAAAUUUGCAAGACAGACUUUUAUUUCAUACCGUCAUGAUAGUUUUCUCAAUAAUCAUCCAUCAUUCAAGAUUUUUUUUUUAACUGUAGAGAAGAUUUAAACUGUUGGAGUGCAAAUUUUUCAGUAAAUUUAGACUUUUUCUGUAUCCAUUACAGAGUGGCAUGGACAAUCACUUGUAAGACAGCAUUCUAAACCUUGCACAGUAUUCUGUAUAUUUACAUCACACUCCUCUACCAUUUACCUCCCUAUGAUGCCUUUCCAUCUUGUCAGUUUAUUUCCCGCUUGUGUUGAUUUAUAUUAAGUAUACAUUUGUCAUUCAUUUGUUUCCAUGCUAUUUUGAAAUCAUUUUGCACUACAUAUAUCUUCCUUAUGUUGUGUCUACACUUGGUUCACAUAUUUACUCUAUUCAUUCCAUAUGCAGUUGUUAAAAAUUAAUUUCUCACAUUGUUUUGUACAGUAUCACGCCUACAGUAUACAUGCAAUGCCUUCUAUUAGAGAUGAAUUAAACAUUUUCUACAAAAAAUUUGCUGAACUUCAUUCUUACUCAAUAAAUUUAGAUCAUAUUCAUCUGCUAAUUUCAUAAUAAUUCCUUGUAAUAUCUUAAAUGUUUCUUCAGCAGUCCCAACAAUAUUUUCUUGUUAUUACUGUAAAUAUAAAAAAUGAGAUAAUCACCAGUUUAACAAAACUAUACAAUUUUCCUAAUUCAGUUAAUGUCUUAUUAAAUUACCUUCAGCAUGUCCCUUCUCAGAUAUUACCCUAUAUUUAAAAUUUCACAAUAUUCCUUUGGCCACUUGGCUUGGUGCAGUAUGUAACUGGUGAACUGUUAGAGAUGCUGUGUGUUUAUAGCAUUCCCUGUGUUGCCUCAAGCCACAAUGUAGUAAUGUACAGCCAAAAGGAGAUGGCUUUUCAACCAAAGGGAAAAAAAAAACCAUAGAAUUGUCUUCCUGUCAAAUGCCAAGACCAGUACUCCAGUUCAAGAUUCAACCAAGAAAAAUCCUCAGGAAUAACGAGAGAACUUUUCACAAACUACCAGCUCCCUUUUCCCAUGAAGGUCACUAGAAAUAAUAAUCCUCGGGUAAAUAUUCCUCACCUUCAAUUCGCUGCCUUUAUCUGUCUACAUCUUGCACUUGGCUCUUCCUGAUAAUUAGUCUCUGAUGGGUGACCUUUGUAGAAAUGCUUUUAGGUAGACCUGUUGAAACAUUCUAACUCGCAUUGUCACCCAUAUUCUGCCAUAUCACUUAUUCUACCUCAUUUACUCAUGCCACAAGCAUUUCUUAAGUUAAUAUGUCUUGCUCCAUGUCUGUCAAGCUUCCCUGGGUGAAAGUUGGAAUGAGCAUACUCACUGGCACUUUUUUAUUGACAUCCGUAGUAAUGUUUUCACUUUCAUUAUCUUCCCAAAUACUGUAUCAAAUUACCUUGUGUAAUCCAGACUUUUUUUCUUUUUUUUUUAAGUUUUUCAUUUAAAAACUUUAUUAUUUUUUACCCUUUACUGUUUUACUUUCACUGUGCAAAAAUAAUAUAGUAUAUUAUAUUAAACAGUAUAUAUAUAUAUAAUUUUGCUUGGGGCAUAAUAAAUAUAUUUUCCACAGAGCUGUUUCUUUAUAAAUUUUCAGUUGCUGUAUACAGUAGUUUCUUCUGUAACUUCCUCCAUUAAGUUUGUUCAUUCAUUCAUCAUUAUCCAUUUCCCACUGUCGCAGAAAAAAGGGAAAUAAUAUAGUAAAAGAAGGCUAUGAUAUUAAAAAUAUAAGACAAAGCUUAUCCAUUAUAUCAUUCAUUCUGUAUAACAUGAUGAAUAAACAAGCAGUUUAUACCGAGUUGUCUAAUAAUAUAAUAAACCCAGGACAUUGUUAUCCUUGUACUGUAUUCCUUUCCUUCAUUAACUGGAGCAGCAGGAGCACAUACUUUGGCCUUCUUUUUCUUAACAUUUUACAUUCCAUCAAUAAAAUCUGUUAUAAAAUUUGUUUGAAAAUGGGCAAAACAUUACACAGUUAUGUUGAUCGUGUUAAAAGUGCACUAAUUAUUCUCUUUGACUUGAACAGUACCACACAUUUUAAAGUUAUUUAAAACCUCUCUACUUCCAGUGACCCCUCUCAACAUGCUGAUUCCUUUGCUUUUUUUUUUCCUUUCUAAUCUUUGUGUAUUUAUAAAAUUGUCACUUCUCAUAUUCUAAGUUUUAAUAUUUAUCUUGAAAUGUUAUUUCAGUAUACACCAUUUUCAUUCAAACGUAUUAAUCUUCAUAAAAAAAAUUUUCAUUGCGCAUCAUUUAUACUAUUUUAUAAUUUGCAAAGCUUUUGGUUUUAUAUAUAAUUCAUAGGUUUCUUGCAUACAGUACAUGCAUUUGUUACAAAUUAUGAAGUGCCUCCUUUUUCUAUGGCCAAUCCCAUUAUGCUGGAUAACCCAAGGCAAAGAGCUCGCCAUUAGUUUGGUUCAAUUUAUAUCAAGCUUUUCUUAUUCUGCAUAUCUCGUACAGAGCUUUUGGUGUGAUAUCCCUAUAUAAAUACAUUGUGCAGGAAUGUAUGGUGGAGGGGGAGUUGAAGUAAUUACAUAAGUGUAGUUACAGGAUAAGUGCUACGCUCAUGGUGUCCCAUCUUCCUGUAAUCAUUGUAAUAUUACACUUUGAAACUGCUGAUGGUUUUGAAACCCACCAGAACCUAACUUGUUUUAACUGUCCACAAGUCUGCUCACAAAAGGAAAAUAUUCGGGAUUAUCUCCGGCAUCUUUGUGUUCUUCAUUCGAUCUGUUACCUCUUGCUCUAGAUGUCGCACAUUUAAAAAAUUCCUCCUUGUCAGUUUUUUUGAGUCCUGUCAUAAUUUUGUAUGUAUGUGGGUGUGUGUACGCAUGUGCCUACACUCCACAUCAUUUUGUUCACAUAAUUCUCAAUCUAGGUGACGUUAACACUUUACCCAUAUCCCACUCCCAUGUACACAAACUUUUUUCACUGGCUUCUUUUCUCUCUCUUUGUAUUACUCAAUGUCAUGUCCUUGUCACUCCUUUUAGGAUUUUUCUGUAUUUAUUAUCCAUGCACGACAUAAUGCAUAGCCAAUACGUAUACAGUACAUUCAUCAGUUUUCAUUUGUGUGCUUGCUGUGUGUUAUUUGUAUUAAACUGUUUCAAAUAAAACCAUCUGAACUAAUAAUGUUUUUGUUAAAUGUAAAUUAUUGUGUUCUAAUUCUUAUGAGUUUCCUGUAGAAUGCAGAAAUAUUUCAAGAAAUCGGUUUGUAUAAGCUGGUACUGUAUCAUGGACUAAACUACAUAAGUGAAUGAAUGCUCAAGCAUAAUCAUUGAUUCCAACAAAAAUAAAAUAAAGCAGUGAUCAAUAAACUGCUCUGUAAAGUAAUAAUUUUUGGAUUAAAUUAAUACACAGUAUGUAUUAAUAUCAGAGAAUUUAAAUAUUGUAUUGUGUACAGUUACUAUACCUAAACAAUGAUAUUUGAACUUGACAAAACACAAGGCAUAAGUCUCCAAUUCAGAUUACAGUAUCAUACAACAUUCCUUGGGAGAGUAAAUGUCAGCUUAGGUAUGGUAAAGAAUUAUGUUGAUUUUAUUAACAAAAUUGAAGCUACAGUCCAGCAUUGCCAAAAAUAAAUACUUUGGAUGACCUUACAUCUAUCUACCUGUUAGUAAUACUGCAUACGUUUUAGCAUUGUGUUACUUGAUGUUCAGAGGUGAUUACAUGUACUGUAGUAUCCUCUUAUGUAUUUACUCUGGUAAUUGUUAUAGCUAUAACAAUGACUAGAGUAAAAAAAAAACACUACAGUAAGCAUUUGACACACUAACAUGCUAAUAACACUUGCCCAGUUUUCAUUUGGCCAUAGUGUGAGUGGAGGGUUAGGAUAAUCUCAACACGAGCAGUAAAACUGAAAAAGGAAUGCAAAUUAAAGGGUCAAGUAGGAAAAAUGAUGCAAGAUCAGAUGCUGUAUAUGGAAGUGAAUUUCAUUGGAAGGUAAAUAUUUACGAGUGAAGUGUAGAGGACCACACAGUAGUGUUGCAGUGCACCACUAGGGGAUACAUAUUGGGAUUGCAGUACAUGUAGUGUGACUACAAACAAGGUGUAGGAACCAUACUAAUUGCCCUUUUGGUAAUUGUUUAAUUGAUGUUGGUUAUACUAGUAAUUAUGAUGAUUUCAAUCCAGCAAUAAUGUGAUAACAGGUAAGACUCGCACAUUAAAUUAAUACUUAGCUCUUUAGACACUCAUAAAAAUGGAAAGUAAUGUAGGCAUAUGGAAUACAAAAAAUCAACAUACAAAUAAUUUAGAAUUUUCAGAACCUUUUAUAUCUGGAACUUUAAUAAUGAGAAAUAAGUACGAGUGAUGCCAACAAAAAUAAAAUAAAGAAGUGAUUAAUAAACUGCUCUGUAAUUUAAUAUUUUUUAAUUGAUAUUAAAGUAAUUGUAAUGUAAUAAUUGAUAUGGUUGAAAUCUGUUGCUUGUAUUAGCAGGUCAUACAUUAACUCGUGUUAAUGUAUGUAUGUAUAAUCAGCAGCUUAGUGUUGUUCAAAAGCUAGAUUUUGGGUGUAUCGGUAAUGUUGCUUUUAUUUUCUGCACUUAUUUAUUCUUCAGGUAUACCCACAAACACCCAACAUACCUCACCACCAGGCAUACCCACAAAUACAAAACCUACCACACUACUAGCUGGUGGUGUAGUAGAGUUAAAACAAAAAAAUUGUGGUGGUUUUUAUGUUUAAGGCUGGUGCAUUCAUUAUUUGGCCUACACUAAUUUUAACACCCAUUAAAAUAUAAAACCAAUAAUUUUGAAUUCUCCCACAUUGAUUUUUGUGUUGCAUUCACUGAAUUUAUUUUAAAAUUAUGAUGAAACACUGAAUUGUACCUUUCUGCACAAUAGAGUACAGAACAUUUUGUGAUUAUGCCAGGGUAACUUGCUUGUAGAAACAUAAGAUUUCUGGAAGUAUUAUAAACUUAAGACAUGUUAUUUAUAUAUUGCUUGUAUAGAAAUUGACCAUGAUCAUUUUGAAAAGCAAUUCACAAUUGCUUUUGAUUAUUACCUAAUUUUUUGGUUCUUUUAUUGAAUGUUUUGCACUAAAGACAAAAAAAAAAAGGUCAUUCUUGUUGAACUAAAUGGGAGUUUAAACAUUUUGCUAAGAGAGAACUUCACUCUUGUUGCCACUCAUUCAGAAAUUUCAUUAUGAAUAAAUAGAAACAUUGAAUUGAGGUAACAAAGUUAACAUAUAGUUAAAAGGUUUCAGAAUUGUUGUACAGUAAUACUAUCUUGGUAUAUAAUGUACUUAAAUGUGAUAAUUACUUUAGUCAGAAGAGCAUCUGCAAGUUUUGCAUUAACUAUUCUCUACAUGAACCACUGUAUUCAACAUUUGAAGUUUGGGGUUAAAAUCAGAUUCUGGUAGUGUAGGGAGUCUGUGAUCCCUAGACAAAAAUAAGAUGUUCCAGUGUUCAGUGAUUUCCUGCUUUUUUGAGAGCCCAUAAAUAUUUUUGUUCACUAGACCACCUAAUACUAAAAUCUAUAUUUUACAUAGGUACUUAUAACAUGAAUAAAUCUCAUGUACUCUUAUGAUAUUACUUAACAUACACACAAUGUAAAAUAUAGUGUACAGUAUUUCUGAACAUAUAUUUUUUAUUUUUACUAAUGACUAGAACAUAUGCUUGACCCUUAGACAGCUCUAGCAUACCAGUGAUUAGGCACCAUUGAAGUGUGUGUGUAUAUGUGUGUGUAUGAUACACGUAAUACUAAUAAUAAUAAUUCUACCUACCUAAUUAGUGUGUACUUUUUGUUACACCAGUUCAUGAAUGAAUGCAGUUCAUAACCUUUAUCUGUUAGUAAAUAUACAUUAGCAUGCACAUAAUUCUUGUAUCACUCAUUAUUUAAAUACUGUAUUUUUGACUCGUCCUUUAAUAAGGUUACCUUUAUUUUUAUGAUUUUUUUUAUAUAACCAUAUAUAACAAAUAUUGGAAUGUACUGUGAUCAUUGAGGAAUUAGGUUCCAAAGCUUUGGAAUGUGCACAAAAUUCAUAGUGCCUUUAUUUUGUUUAAAUAAAUUUUUUUAUUUCUUGAAUUACACGAAAAUGGUCAUUGCAUUAUCGUAACUGUUUAGUAAGAUAACUUGCUUCGGUUGUUAAUACAACAUCUCUGUUGGUAUUAAUAUGAGGAGUCAUAUUGCACAAUUGUGAAAAUGAGCAUUUUGGUGACAAUGUGUUUACACCCUUUUAUGUGAAUGAUAAUCCAGAUACUAACUGUACUUAAGUACUGAUCUGUGUGUGUGUGUUGAUCCGUUUUUCAGAAAACUAAUAUUUUAUGUAAAUUACAAAACUUGUACGAAUUGUAAAUUAUAUUGAGAAAUAUGUUUUGAGUAUGCACUACUGUAUUUAAAUAGCAAAAGGGUGAGAUUUUUACUCUAACAAAGCUUUGUAAUGAGUUGACAUGGAAAUGAUAUAAAUUAAACUGAUAGAACAUUUUCAACAAUGAAACAAUUCAAAGUCACUCGGUACAGUAUUUCCUACAAAUCAGGAAAGAUUUUUGUAUGUUAAAUAUAUGCUUUUAAUUAAUUUUGUUAUACUAUUGUGGUUAACAAAAUGUUAUCUAGUUCAUCACUAUGGUUUUAAUACACAGUACAUUACCAUGUACUGGGUAUCAUACCCACAAGCUGAUAUAUCUGGCAGUAGUAACAGAGAAAACUGUUUUGAAUGCCUUAACUAGAAAGGCUUGCAUAGUAAAUUUGGUCAAUUGUACAACCUGAAGAGCAAAAUGCAUAACUUAGUAUUUAAAAAAAUCAAUAAAUACAAUAAAUAGUAA